CUGCGCUGACUGGUCGUUAGCGGAUACGGUGGCUGCAGAGGCGGUGACCGGGGCUUCUUCCCCGCUCUGCGCCCGGUUCCGCGCCCGUCCCGCGGCUCCGAUUCCACCAUGGCUCCCAAAGGCGGCCCCAAGCAGCAGUCCGAGGAGGACCUGCUCUUGCAGGAUUUCAGCCGCAACCUCUCGGCCAAGUCCUCGGCGCUUUUCUUCGGGAACGCCUUCAUCGUGUCGGCCAUCCCCAUCUGGCUAUAUUGGCGAAUAUGGCAUAUGGAUCUUAUUCAGUCUGCUGUUCUGUAUAGUGUGAUGACCCUAGUAAGCACUUACUUGGUAGCCUUUGCUUACAAAAAUGUGAAAUUUGUUCUCAAGCACAAAGUAGCACAGAAGAGGGAAGAUGCUGUCUCCAAAGAAGUGACUCGGAAACUCUCUGAAGCUGAUAAUAGAAAGAUGUCUCGGAAGGAAAAGGAUGAAAGAAUCUUGUGGAAGAAGAAUGAAGUUGCUGAUUAUGAAGCUACAACAUUUUCCAUCUUUUAUAAUAACACCCUAUUUCUGGUCUUGGUCAUUGUUGCUUCCUUCUUUAUACUGAAGAACUUCAACCCCACAGUGAACUACAUUUUGUCCAUAAGUGCUUCCUCAGGCCUCAUCGCCCUCCUGUCCACUGGUUCCAAGUAGACUGCCUCGGCUUCGCCACCCCCUCCUCCCCACCGCUUUGUAUCUGGGUGGCCUGCGGUGUGUGGAAAAGGAGCAGGGUGGUCAGGGUGGAAGACACGCAAGCUGUUUGUAUAAGUCUGGAGUUUGAGGGUUUGAAAAACCCAACAAAAUGUAAUUCAAUAUUUGUUUAUUGGCUCUUUUUUUUUUUUUUUUUUGGACAGAUUGUUGAAAUUAAAUGAAUUGAAAGGGAAACUCAGAGUACCAGGACAUUUAUUAAAAGGCAAAAAAGUGUUGCAAUGUGUUAUAAUCACAAGAGGAGAAAAUAACUUGUUUCCUGGAUUUGUCAGAGGUCACAGUAACCUGGACUGAGCUGUUAUUAUUUAUAAUAGUAGCAAGAAGUUAAUAACUGGUUCUGUGUGUUCCAAGCACAAUAUUACAACUUUUUUUCUUUUGUUUUGAACCAUAAAUAUCAGAAUGAAUCCUCUCCCUCCAGGGGACUAAACAGAAGCGUCAUGCUUGCAAGUCUCUGACUUUGUGAUUUGAAAUAACUCAAAGUUAAAACAUGGUUUCUCCAACUUGGAGAAGAGAAACUUGUGGAAAAGUUGCGUUGUUGUUGUUGCAGUUUUCUUUUAAGAAGAAAGGCAGCCAAGGUAAUAACCUAAAAAUAGUACCUGGGCAUAUGAGAGUUGUCCCGUGGGGUUAAACCACACAGUGUUCAGCUCUGUAGCAUUAGCCCUGGGUGGGUGUCCAGGGAGCUUAGCUCAACCCUCCCAUGUUGGUUUGACCUGUUAAGAGAAUGGAAUCAUUGUUUCCUCUUGACCAGGGUCUCACAUCACUGGAGGAAUGUUGCGUAAGAGAGUCUCUUUCCUGAAUAUUGACGUGUAGGAGACCAAAGUAAUUUUUGUGAUCUUGGUUCUGGAAUUCUAAAAACUCUCCAAGGAAUUAGAGUGGUUUUGGUACUGCUCAGCAUUUUUCCAUGAGGACUUUCAUAAAUUUGACCUUUUAGUCCACAAGUUCCCAUCCGUUGUAAACAAAAGACUGAUCUCUUCAGUCCUGGUGGGUUCAGCCAAGAGCAGUCUCCUGCAUUUUUUAACUAGUGUGUUUACAGGUAAUUGUUUUUGCAUGAUUUGAAAAAGUUUGAGCUUCUCUUGAAUUUUCAUCACUUAAAAGGUUAUGGACUCACAGGUGAUACUAGCUUUUGACCACAUUCAGUACCUUUCUAUAAGCAGUUUGUUCUUAUUGUUGUUUAGUCGCUAAAUUGUGUCCAACUCUGUGACCCCAUGGACUGCAGCUCACCAGGCUCCUCUGUCCAUGGAUUUUCCAGGCAAGAAUACUGGAGUGGGUUGCUGUUUCCUUCUCCAGGGGAUCUUCCUGACCCAGGGAUCGAACUUUACAUUUGGGUAUCCCAUUCUGCAAGCAAUACCUCAAAGGAAAUAUGUUCCCAGUUUCUAAUCUUAACUUUAAUAUUUGGUUUCCACUUGUAAAUUUAAGGUAAAUGUUGCAUUCACUGUUUAUAGAAAGAUACUCACCAGGAGUUCAUCUUCUAUUUCCAUCUGUUAGAAGUUUUGGGGAGGCCACCUAAGAACCUGGAAGGAAAAUGAGCUAGGAGUACAUUUGCCUAGUGACCCAGAUCAUCAUUGUUUUCAGCUGAGGAUUAUGGUUCGUCGAGGCUUCUAGAAGCUUUCAGUUCUUUACUUUGCUCUGGUACCUUGUUACCUGUGCCAUCUCUGAAUAAUAUGGAGUGAAUGGGGGAAAAGUCAGAAGUACCCUGCAAAGUGUUAGUAUAGCACAUAAGAAUUAAUUAUGUUUUAACUUUUUUCCCCUGUUGAUUAAUGAGUCAAUAGUUUGACUGGUGGCCUGCUGUUUAUACCAAAUGUAUUUGCUUAUUUGACAAAAUGACUGUUUAACAAGCCACCAGUAUUUACUAUUUGUUACCAAAGUUGGGCCUUUUUUUACCUGUAAUUUUUAACGUGCAGGUAAAAAAUUGCCACUAGAUGGCAGCGCCUGUACAGAUGGGAAAAAAUUAGUGUUAUAAUACAGGAUACCUGAGAUGGGGGGCUGAAAUAGGGGCAUCAGUGUUACAUUCUUAGUAAAUUGUGUCUUGAAUUAAUAAACUGAAUAAUUUGUAGGAAAGUGAGGAAGCAAAAUUUGGUUUUGUUCCUGAUUUUUCCCUAUGGCACUCUUUGUUUUUAAUCAUAGUAAUAGUUUCUGUACUGUUAGAUAAAUUCCUAUGUAUCAGUUUCUGAUGGUUCCACAGUUUCCAUUAAGCACCUACCAUGCAGUGCUUUACUGUUGGGAGCUCCAAAACCUUUCCCCCAGUCCUCUCCCCGUCAUCUGGAAGGACUAGCGCACAGAAUUAUGAUGUACUGGAUCUGGCUUAGUUGGUAAAAACCAGCUGUAGAAUUUUUAUCUUAAAAAUACCCCAUAUCCAACACCAGGAGAAUUAAAGAGGUUUUACUCUAA